AUGUCUUCGAAUUACCAGCCGGUCGGCAUUCAUGCGUCGAAUCGUCAUCUCCGGGACGAGCACUAUAGCGUAUCAGACAUCACUGACACAGAUCAUGUCCAAUUACACGACUUGCCACCAUAUGCCUACGGUCAAGAGACCAAGACUAUCCCGAUGACGGCGGCACAGGCUGGAGAGCGACAGCAGCAGAAGCAGCAAAGACAAAGGAGGGCCAGAAAUUCUCGCCUCUGGAUGUGGGAGUUGUUGGCUUCGGCAUUCAGCUUGCUGUGCAUCGCCAUUGUGGUUAUUGUCCUCAAGUACGAGGACGGCAAACGUCUGGACGGCUGGGCCCUCAUGAUUGGGCCCAACGCCGUCAUCUCCUUCAUCACCACGCUCGCCAAGUCGUCUUGUCUGCUGGUGCUCGCCGAGGUGAUUGGACAGCUGCGAUGGAUCUACUUUGCCGGGGCUCCGCGAGUCUUGAAUGAUCUCCAUCUAUUUGAUUUGGCUUCCCGUGGGCCCUGGGGUGCGCUGGAGCUGAUGUUCCGGAUGAAGUCGGCAGCGCUCCUGGCUUCGUGUGCCUCGUUACUAACCAUUGCCGCUCUUGUCAUUGAUCCUUUUGCCCAGCUGGUUCUGACUUUUCCUACCCGGCCGACAGCAACGCCUGUCCAGGUUGCCUCGAUCAACAUUGCCCAGGUCUACGAUGCCGGAACCGAGAUUACUGCAAACCACGGUCCUCCAUAUCCCGUUGCACAGAAUGCGCCGUUCCAGUUGCAGAGUGCCGUCAUCUCUGCAGCGUUUGGUGUCGCCCCUGCGUUUGACCUUAAUUGUCCUACAUCGAAUUGCACGUAUCCGUCUUUCAGUACCCUCGGGGUGUGCAGCACGUGUGAGGAUGUGACAGCCUCAACGAGUACUGCCUGUGGUCUCGAUGAGAGUAACUACACCACAAUAUGCAACACAACCGUCCCAUAUCAGUUGCUGCCAGAAAGCAAUUUUACCUGGCACAUGGCAACCGACGCAGCUGGGAAUUACGCCGAUUUGUGGAAUUCGUCAACCAUGUCCGUGACGCCCGAGUACGCCGGGACGAAUACAUCGUUUGGAACGCCCGCCAUCCUCGCCGCCUUUACCUCUUUCAAAUUGAACCGAGAAUUGUUUUCCAGUACAGCUUCAGACAGACCUUCGAACCCAUCAUCCGUCAACCAAUGCAUGUUUGCCUACUGUCUCAAGACGUACAGCGACGUCCGAGUGCUCAACGGAGAAACCCAGUUUGGAUCCAUUAACGAAUCCAUAAUGGAGGUAUCCAGUCAAGAAUGGUUCCUUGACCCCCCUGAAUCCCAAGGUAGUCCCUAUUUCACCAUGCAGGCGUCAGUCGGCGGUCAAGUGUCGGGGCCAAAUUACACCAUGAACUAUUGGGAUCACCUCAAUCUCGGCCAGUACAUGCGCGACGUGCUCAACAGCAGCGUCUACCUGUUCACGAACACGAUUGCGCCCGGCGACGGCGGCCACAUGGCCCCGUCGUUUGGCCUGGCCAUGUACAAUGCAGAUAACCUGACGGACAUGGUCCACGAUAUUGCCGAUAGCAUGACGAAUUCGAUGCGCAAUUCGCAGUCCAAUGUCACCACGGUCAAUGGCACCGCCCUCGUCCUUGAGACGUUUAUCCACAUUGAGUGGAAGUGGCUGGCGCUGCCGAUUGCCGUCUCGGUGCUCUCGUUUGUGCUGCUUGUGACUGUCAUGAUCAUUUCCAAGUCACAUAACGUUGAAGGUGAGUCUUUCGGUCGCCUUGCCCAGCCCUGUUACUGCUUGGAAAUCGUCCAGUAUGCCGCUCUUAUUCUACGGUUUAGAGGGAUGGGGUCAAGAAUAUACCCAUGGGUUCAGAGAUGCCAGAGAACUGAAGAAAAUAUCCAAGAACAUGAAGGGACAUUUAUCUUUGGAAAGUGA